AUGAAAGAAGUUAAACUAAAGAUAGACGUAAAAAAAAUAAUAAAAGCAUGCAAGCUCAUUAAACGCGCGGACGAUCUGCUUAAAUACGAUGCACCAAAAGACUAUGCAGACAUACUAGACCGCAUAUUCAGCAACAGAAUCAAAAUACAGAUAGAAGGCGAUGCAGAGGAGGAUGAAGAGGACUCUCUCACAAAAAUACUCAAAAGCCGAAUCUACCAGUACUUCACAUACAAUAAACACGGAGUCAGUGCAAUGAAUAAGCUAUACACUGCGCUGAAGAGCGGAGACAAGGAAUUGGUUACAGCCGAAGCUGCGCAUGUACUUGAUCACAUUGUACAGCCAAACACUCUCAUAUACAGCCCAAAGCACGGAAUACAUAGACAGGUUGACAAGAACAAGCCACUGGAAAGUGUAAUACUACCUAAUAAAAAAGUUAAUCUGCGCCCAAGAGCGUACAGACUCGAGAUUGACUACACAGACUCUUCGAGCCUGGAAAGGAUACUUGACCUGGCUGAAGAGAGUGUGGACAGAGAGAGGCUCUCCUACAUUGCAGACCUAAUAGACUCAGCAGGCAUGGACAUGAACAUUCUAAAGCAAUACUCAGCAGAAAAAGAGCACUACACUCUAGAGAAGCUGUACACCACUCCACACAAAAAAACCGGUGCACUUUUGGUGGACUACGGGCUGAAACUCGUCCACAGAAAGCACUACAAGAUAAAAGAGCUCCUUGGCAAAAUUAAAAAGAUGGAAAGCAAUCUCAAUAGCAGAGCGCAGAUAAUGAAAGAGAUUGGCAAAGUGCUGACCAAGAAAGAGCUAAAAGUAGCCGUUGCCAUCGGAGAGAACAUACAAAAGAUCAAGGAUGAAAAAAUAGCACAGAAGAGCAUGGCCAGUGCAAUGGAGUACAUGGCGAACAGCACUGGUCUUUUGGACAGAAAAGAUGGAUCAAGAGUCCUGGAUAUAACUGUUGAGCUGCUUAACCUGAAAAGAAACAACAUAGACGGGGAUAGAAGCCUAUACAACAUGAUCAGCGAACAAAAAAAUAAAAUAGUCAACACAAUAACAGAGAAGAAUGAAACCCUGAAAAAAGAGAAAGCAGACAGAGACCAGGCAAAAAAGGAAGGAAAGAGCGAAGAAGAGAUUAAAACACUGACAUGCUCGAUCAAUAGGCUAGAGAAUGAAAUAUACCUGCUGCAGUGCGAUGAAAAGGGAGAGCUGUUGCAGCUUGACAACAUCAGAGACAACCUGUAUUCUCUGCCCAAGCUGAGCACAGUCCAGCAGGAGCACGUAUACAAAAAGCUGGAAGAGUUUGGAGAAGAAAUAAACGUACGUGUGGAGAUAGUGCUGAAGCUCUUCUCAAUAAAAGUAACAGAGAAGAGAGUGCUCAAAAUACUCACUGCGCUGGCUUACACCGUUGUAGUAGUGCUGGUGAUAUUUGUGGUCCUGUCGUCAGCAAUACUGUUUAAAAUUCUAAAAGGGGACAUAAAAUUCGAGCACACCCGCACUGUUUUAUAG